AAAAACUUGCUUUCGUGCUUCGCGUCUGUAAUGUGAUGAGAUCCCAACAGUCCAAACAAGGGCAACCUCCAGCGGAUCCUGCAUUUCUGCUGCUGCCUCCUUCACUCCGUACAUACCAUCCAGCCAUCCAGCCAUCCGUCCAUCCAUCCAUCCAUCCACCAGCCAGCCCCCCCUUGCGCUUCGUCAACCCCAUCGUGAAAAUCAAAAACCCAAAAUCAGAUGAUCAAACCUGGCAUGUACGCUCCAUCAAUGGGCCGCCGCUGACUGCUGCCUCCCUCCUUCGAACGAAAGUCACACGGGCUAUGCCAUGCAAGCGCACGAGCAAAAGCGAAGAAGACAAGACAGCGACAAGACAGCCUUCUCCAAUCCUUCUCCCCCCCAGCCAUCACAUCACACAUCCCAUCACGGGCAUCAAGGGAAGGGCCCAUCUGACAACACUCAGACCAAACGCCCCCAGCACCAACACCAGCACCAGCACCAGCCAGCUCCGAAAGGCCCGCAGGCUGCGGGAACAGCAAAGACCCUCAAGACCGGACUACGGCAGCUACUUUCUUGGGGAAGAGACAAGACCAGGCCGGGCUCCUGCAUGGCAUCAGCACCAACACCAGCGCCAGCAUCAAGACAGAGAGCACUGUUCAUCGUCAAGUCCAGUCCAGUCAGGUGGCCGGGGAUUGGGGAUGGAGGGGGAGCACAAUAAACCCUCAACGUUUAGUUCGGUGGCUGACCCUAUCUUGAACUUGGCUAAGCUACGUGUUCUACCUCCCGUGGUAGAGACCACCAAACGGCCACGACACGUCCACGUCCCCUUUGGACACGCGCCGAGAACUGACCCUCUCACUCUCACUCCCUAUGUGCUCUCUCUCGCGUUUCCGUGAUGUUCCAACGAAGACAGCUUCAUCCUUUAUCCGUCACUCGCUUCAAAUCCUUCCCUCAGAAUAAACACAAAUCGCACACCCCCUU